UCUAUGCUACCCCUCUACAGCACUAUUGCGAAAAAAUGCUCAGUUCGCGGUUACAAACGGACAAAAUUGCGCAGCUUGUUGUUGGAAAUUGGAGAUAUAUUUGACCAUUAUUAUUAUAACAUUCAAGAGAAGCUGCCAUGUCGCACCACGUUGUGACGACAAUCAACACAUCGUCCAUCAAUAACAGCGGUCAGCUUCACCACAACAUGAGCCAUCACUCCAUGAUUUCAGACGAUAUGGACAGUGAGCCUAGCUCACCAGAGAGCUCCUUUGACCAUACCGACCUUUUGGGAUCGGACGAUGUUGCCACGCAGCUAGCUGCAGCAGGCCCCAUUGGUGUUGCUGCAGCUGCUGCUAUUGCCACAGGAAGGAAAAGAAAAAGGCCACAUUCAUUUGAAACAAACCCUUCUAUUAGAAAAAGACAACAAACAAGGUUACUUAGGAAAUUAAAAGCCACCAUAGAUGAAUUCACAACCCGAGUAGGGCAGCAAGCUGUGGUAUUAUGCUGUACUCCUGGGAAGCCGUCACAGUCCACACAGUCUUACAAAGUAUUUGGUUCACAACCUUUGGAAACCGUGGUUCGUAACAGUCGUAACACAGUUAUGCAGGAAUUGGAGCAGGCGCUGUCUCAACAGAUUCCUCAACCCUCAGCAGAUCUCGUGGGGCUUCACGAAUUACCGCCUCUUGUCAUUGAUGGUAUCCCUACUCCAGUGGAUAAGAUGACACAGGCUCAACUGCGUGCUUUUAUUCCGGAAAUGCUGAAAUUUUCAACUGGGCGCAGUAAGCCUGCCUGGGGUAGAGCAGAAGCACGCCCCAUCUGGUGGCCGGGGGACUUACCCUGGGCUAACGUCAGGUGCGAUGUGAGAAGUGAUGAAGAGAAAAAGAGGGUUUCCUGGACCCAUGCACUAAGAACAAUAGUAAAGAACUGUUACAAAUACCACGGCCGAGAAGACCUCCUUCCCGAGUUCACAGAAUCCAAUGACGUUAAUAACUCCUCGGUCCAGCAGCAUUACACACAGACCGUCAUGCAGACGAUUAACAACCCCGAUGGCACGCUGUCGAUUAUACAGAUCGACACUGGUAGCAAUGGUCCUAAUGUAGUAACACUUCCAGAUGGUACACAUGCCACAGUUGUACAUGCGAUUCCCCACGGGCAUGAAGCCACGCAGGCAGUGCAGACACUGGCCGAGGUUGCAGCCAAUCAGCAAGGAGGUCAGCAGACGCCUGUUACUGUGGAAAUGAACAGUGAGGCGGCCACGCAUGCUGUUGCAACAUUGGCAGAGGCAACCCUAAAUGACGGGCAGAUUAUUCUUACAGGGGAACAUCUUGGAGGAGAUGGACACAGUAUGAUGAUCCCUGUCUCCAUGUACCAGACUGUCGUCUCACACAUCAACCAGAUGAAUCAAUCAAAUCAGCAUGUUCAUGUUGCCAUGGCACCUUCCUCGGAGUCACAAGAAAGCAACAGCGAAUCGGUACCGGACGCUACGCAUGCUGUGGAGAUCAUCACCGUGUCUUCAGCUGACAGUUCAUAGUUUUCUGUUAAUCGUUUAAAAGUCUUCGUAAUUAUUAUCAUGUUAGGUCAGUAAGGCUCCGUUUGUAGUCUGAAUUUAUCAGCAGGAAUCUUUAUUUUAACUCAUUAAAUACAGAAUAGGCACUCAUCUUUUGUACUCGGAUGUUUAACAGCAUUUUAGUCUUUUUUCAUUUGUGGGAGUAAAUGUGUAUUAUACAUUGUAUAUAUUCAUUAUUUUUAACUGAAGUACAUUUUAUGGAGCAUCAUUCUGUGACAGAAGCAGUUUCACAUUCUAGAGAAAGUGAAAUGGAGAGAAGACUUGAAAAGAUGAAGAAUCUUUAAAUGUUUUAACUCAAGUUAGCUUUUGUUGUUCAUUGAAAUCUCUUUUUAAGAAUUAUGAUUACAUUUGAGAGGAAUUGAUUUUGCAUGUGUUUGUUCUGUGUAAUUUGAAAAAUACAUCUUCGAAAGACUGAUUAAUUAAUACGAUCAGCAGGGAUUUUUUUUUUUUUUUACAUUUUCAAUUUAUAAGAUAUUUAGACAUCUUUUUGAGCACAUGUAUUUAAAAUUACGUAAUCUUUUACAUUUUUUUUCUUAUAAACCAAAAAUUUUGAUGACUGUCCUGUUAUAUUCUGAAAUUAAAGUAUAUGUAAAGAAUUCCAGGCAGUCGCUUAAAAUUGUUGAAGCACUGUUAUUUGAAGGCAAGCAUGACGUGAUGCUUCUAGGUAAAUGAGUCAUUAUAAUAACUAGGGUACACUUUAUUCAAAUACUUCUUAUUAUUCACCUCAUCUGGUAAAAGUAAUACAAUUUUUCCUCAUUUUUA